GGUUAGAUUGCAUCAAAACAUUGAGUUUUGAUGUCAAACUCACUAUGUCAGCUUUCCUUAUAGACUGAACACACAGGCUCCCCUUUCAAAUGAUGCUGACAAAUCGAAAUGAACCUCACUGAAGAACGUCCUUGUUCUGGCUGUUUCCUUGUGGCGGAGUUUAAUGUGGGAAUAGAGACCAUUCAGUUUCAGUUGUUAGCUGAGAAAAUGAUACUCUAAUCUCGAAAAAAUCAUCUAGUCGACUAUUAUUUUGAUCUCCAGGACUGGUUUCCAUCAAUUGUCUGUGAUCAGUGUUUUAUUUAGUCUGUGAUAGUUACAGUGGAAGCACGUAAAACAAGAAAGAUGUGGUUGAUUGUCAUCCAAAUAACUCUGCUAUUAUCCAUUGGGAUUGCCAGUGGCGAGGACGAGACUGCCAAGCCGGACUCCUACAACGAGAAAUGCGACACAGAAUUGUGCAGCAGCGCUCUCAUGAAAAAGCUGACUUGCAAUAGUUCGGAUAGCAAAUGUCACGGCUAUUUGUUGCCGAAAGGACCAUGUGACUGCUGUCCUGUCUGCGUGGGAUUCGAGGAAAAAAGUGCAGCAAAAAUGUUUCCAACUUCAACCGAGAUCGCUGUAUCCGCUGCUGAAAAAAUUGUUCCUAAAAUCAAAGAACUGCCUGGACCCGGAGAGGUGAACGAGAGAGAGAACGAAGAAUACAACCUCGACUACGAAUACGGCACGGAUGAAGACGAAGAUGAAGAAGAGAGCGAGGAGACUAAACUAGAAAUCGCCAAAUUUCUCAAGGUUCUUCUGUCCGAGCCUAGCUCAGUCGAAUAUUCUACCAAUCUGAAGAAAACUGCAAAUAAAUACACAGAAACGUGACACUGUCUGCACCUCAAUCACGAUCUCAAUUCUUCCUUGUUCUUCAAAUCAUGCUCCAAAUCAUCCAUCUGCUUUUCCAUAUCAUAUACAGUUCAAUAAUUAUUUUCUUAGUCUAUAUUAUGUAAAUUCAUCUAUAAUUUUGCUGUAUUGUAAGCUAUUGUAUAUAAGUGUAUAAGCCAGUAUAUAUUGUAAUCUACAUAAAUAAAGUACUCAAUCAAUCAAUCAAUCAAUCAAUCAAUCAAUCAAUCAAAUCAUAGAUCAUUAACGAUAGCCUACUACCAAAAUGUGAGAACUGAGAACAUGUUCAAUAUUGUUCAACUGCAAGACUUAAAGAAAGGUGUUGUUCACCAAGUGAAGAGAGAAUCAUGAAAUGUAUAGAAUUAUGUUCAAAGCUCAUUAAACUCUUCAAAGAAAAAUA